UCCCCGCUCGUGAGUGUAACUCUCCUGUUUAACAGCUGAUGGCAUAACUGUUCAGGUGGAUCAGCAUCAGGUGGAGGAACGGAGAGCCGACAAUGACCGGGUGAUAUCUGAUCAUGUUUGUUCUGGACUACAUUCCUGGUCUCUGUGGGAAUCCCAACCGAACAAGCCCUGAUGGAAAAUGAACUUCAUUAAGCGAUCGUAAGGUCUGUACGUACCAUUCCAACGCUGCAUCCUGAAGAAAGGGCUUCUCCGCGAUGAGAGACCGGCUGCAGGAGCUGCAGCAGAAGGCUCAGGAGUUUGCUGCGGAUCCCAGUGAAAGCAUUAAUCCUUUCCCAGCGGAGGGUGACGAUGACGACUCGGUGGCGGUCGGGGUCAUCUCGCCGCAGGCCGUGGUGUUCGAGGAGGAGCCGGUCAUUGAAAACUUCCUGUCCGAGGCUCAGCAAAUCCGAGACGACAUCACCGUGCUGGAAACAGAGGUCCUCAAGUUCACCCAGCAGCAGAAGACGCUGGUGGCCACGAUGCGUCGUUUCAGCGUGAUGAAGAAAGAAAGCAGCAUAACACGAGACAUCAAGCUCCAGGCCGAGAGCCUCAACCGUCGCCUGGACGCCCUUUCAAAACAGGCCCAGCAAACGGAGGAGCAGCAGGGACCCGCGGCCGUCACCACCAGGAUACAGCGUUCCCAGCAUGCAGCACUGUGCCGUAAAUUCCAUGAGGUAAUGUGCCAGUAUAAUGAAGGUCUGCUGACCAAGCAGGAGCGCUGUAAGCACUUCAUUAUCCGGCAGCUGGAGGUGCAGGGAAGGGAUGUGACGGAGGAGGAGGUGAACGAGAUGUUCGCCACGGGAAAUUGGGAGGUGUUCAACGAGAACCUGCCCAACGACGCCAGAAUCACACGGUCGCAGCUAUCCGAGAUCGAACAGCGACACAAGGAGCUGCUGAACCUGGAAAACAACAUGAAGGAGCUGAAGGACCUCUUCAUGGACAUUUUUCUGCUGGUGGAGGAGCAGGGGGCCAACAUCGAACACAUCCAGACCAACGUGGAGAGGACGCAGGACUACGUGGCUGCGACCAACGAGAAGUUCAAGCUGGCGGCUCGCUACAAAAAGAAGAACCCACUCCGACAGCUGUGCUGCUGCUGCUGCCCACCCUGGAGAUGCUGUUUAUAAAAACACAUGGCGGUAUUUAUUCCAAAUGAGGAUUUUUUUUUUUUCUUCAAAAGUUACCUGUUGGGAGCGGACCCCGGGUUUUAAGUACCAUUAAAGAGAAGGUAAUGGGACUGCAGAGUCUGCUGCUGAACGGAGCGACGGCGAAGACGGAUUCAGUGGAGCAUUGAAAACAAUUAGGGGGGAAGGGGGCAGAAUUGGUAUGGGAGGCACUUGUUUCUUUCCAGAGGAUGUGAGGCGACCGCUAUUGGAAGAGACAGUUCGGCGAACGCUGCUCACUGUUAACACCGUUGCUUAUUGGAGUCCUUCACUGUCAUCUGACAGAGGUCACAAACAAGGAGAGGCCGUCGACAAUGCUGCAUCAGCAACACUGGUAUUUUCACCGUUUGUUAAAAAAAAAAAAGAACUGCCUCAGAUUUUUCUUUUCCUGCCACAAGACCUCCAGUUGAUGAGGGGGAUUUUAUUAAUGGA